GCGAUCGCUAUCGCGUCUCCAAUGGCGAUCGUUGUGCGAUCCAUCGCUUUCUCCUCCCCCAAAUCCCCUUCAAAACCCCACCACCCUCUCCAUGGCCGGAGCAGGGCGUCAUCAUCAUCAGCUGCUGCGAGAGGAAGCGCUUUUGGAGUCCGCUAUAAAUAUAAGCGACCCCCCCAUCCCCCGUGAGCUCAAUUUGUUCUCUUCCCCUCGAAGAUCCCCCUCUUUGCGUUCACGGGAACCUCUGAGGCCCCACCCCCAACACCCUCCCCCUUUGGGGUUUUGUGGGGGGUGGAUUUUGGUAUAAGACAAAGCCCCAGAUCACCCUUUGCACAUCUCUUUCACCACCCCACCAUUUGGGGUUUAUUUCAAAUUUUUUGAGGUUCCUUUGAAGGAUAGGUUUCCGUGAAGUGUCGCUUUGCGCUGUAAAAGAAGCUUCUUUGGGUGUUUCCUUUGGUUAAUGCUUAUAUAGAUUGGUAGAUUCUUAUUUGAUUCAUAUUUCUCUGUUCUAUUGGGUGGGUUCUUCUCUCAGAUUCCACAAAUUUUUCAUUUUUUUUGUCCAAUUUGGUUUUGUUAUUUAUCCUGUGGGUUUCUCUUCUAUGCCACUUUAGAUCCGUAAAAAGAAAAAAAAAAAUCACAUAUUUUGGUUGUUCUUAGUGUCCUUUUAACCUCUUAUCAUUAGUUGCGUACUUUGAUCCCAUAAAGUUCCAAUUUUUCUCUUUUUAUGCCACUUCAGAUCCAAAAAAGGAACAAAAAUCGCAUCUUUUGGUGUUCUUCUUAGUGUUCUUUUAGUUUCUUCAAAUGGCACCCAAAUGGUUUUGUUUCCUUGUUCUCUUUUUAUUUGCGACAUUUGUUAAUGUUUGUGCAAAGGAAUGCACAAAUACUCCGACGCAGCUUUCGUCGCACUCCGUCCGGUACCAGCUUACGACCACCACCGAUGAACACUGGAAAUCGGAAAUGCUCUCGCACUACCAUCUAACCCCGACCGACGAAUCCACGUGGAUGGAUUUGAUGCCGAGGAAACUCCUGAACAAGGAGGCCCCGGUCGGAGAACUCGACUGGUUGAUGCUUUACAGAAGCAUCAAGAGUUCAGGCGCCAUCGAUUCGUGGCAAGGAGGGAACUUCUUGUCGGAAGUUUCGCUCAAUGAUGUGAGGAUCGAUCCGGAUUCGAUUUAUGGGAGAGCGCAGCAAACGAACUUGGAGUAUUUGUUGUCGCUGGAUGUGGAUCGGUUGGUGCAUAAUUUCCGUAACCAGUCCGGUUUGCCGGCGCCCGGCAAACCCUACGGAGGGUGGGAGGCAGCCGAUGUUGAGCUUAGAGGGCAUUUUGUAGGGCACUACAUGAGCGCGAGCGCACUCAUGUGGGCUAGUACGCAUAACGAUACUCUCUACGGCAAAAUGACGUCAGUGGUCGAUGCGCUCUAUGAUUGCCAGAAACAAAUGGGCACGGGAUAUCUUUCUGCUUUCCCGACCGAAUUAUUCGACCGCUUUGAAGCCGUGAAGUAUGUUUGGGCACCAUAUUACACCAUACACAAGAUUAUGGCAGGCCUGCUCGAUCAGUAUACGUUUGCUGGGAACUCGAAAGGUUUGGAAAUGGUGGUUUGGAUGGCCGAGUACUUUGGGAAUCGCGUGAAGAAUGUCCUACAGAAGUACACUAUAGAGAGGCAUUGGACGUCCCUCAACGAAGAAACUGGUGGAAUGAAUGAUGUUCUUUAUAGGCUCUAUACUCUAACAAAAGACGAGAAGCAUUUGAUCCUGGCACAUCUUUUUGACAAGCCGUGCUUUCUUGGAUUGCUUGCUGUUCAGGCUGAUAGUCUUUCUGGGUUCCAUACCAACACGCACAUCCCAGUCGUGGUCGGUGCACAAAUGCGAUAUGAGAUUACUGGUGAUCCGCUUUACAAGGAAAUCGGAACAUUCUUUAUGGACAUUGUGAAUUCGUCCCAUGCGUAUGCAACCGGUGGAACCUCCAUCAGUGAAUUUUGGUCCGAUCCAAAACGUUUAGCCGACACCUUGCACACAGAGAAUGAAGAAUCUUGCACUACUUACAAUAUGCUUAAGGUCUCUCGCCACUUAUUUAGAUGGACGAAGGAAAUUGCAUAUGCCGAUUACUACGAGAGAGCCCUCAUAAAUGGCGUCCUUAGCAUCCAACGAGGAAGGGAACCUGGAAUUAUGAUCUAUAUGCUUCCUCUGGGAUCAGGGCAGUCGAAGGCACGCAGCUAUCAUGGUUGGGGAACAACGAAUGAGUCAUUCUGGUGCUGUUACGGGACAGGAAUCGAGUCAUUCUCAAAGCUAGGAGAUUCUAUUUACUUUGAGGAGAAGGGAAGUACGCCCGGGCUUUAUAUCAUACAAUUUAUCCCAAGUACUUUUAAUUGGAAAGCCCGAGGGAUUUCUCUCACUCAAGAAGUAAAGCCAGUUAGCUCGUCGGAGCCAUUUCUUCAAGUUACACUCACUGUUUCUGCAAAUGAGGGGAACAAUCCGUCUUCGACAUUGAAUGUGAGAAUACCAUCUUGGACAUCUCGAAGUGGCGCGAAGGCUGCUUUGAAUGCUCAAAGUUUAGAUCUUACUAAUCCAGGUGAUUUCCUCUCGGUCACCAAAAACUGGGCUUCAGGUGAUACUUUGGACCUUCAAUUUCCCCUCAGUUUGAGGACAGAAGCCAUAAAAGAUGAUCGACCCGAAUAUGCGUUGAUUCAAGCAAUCUUAUAUGGCCCGUACCUUCUUGCCGGCCUCUCAACCGGCGAUUGGGAUGUAAACGCGGGGAAUUACAGCGGUAUUUCCGAUUGGAUAACCCCCGUCCCAUCUUCAUACAAUUCUCAGCUUUCCACUCUCACCCAACCGUCCGACAACAGCAACACCUUGUUCGUCACCUACUCAAACACUUCCCUCACAUUGGAACGCCAACCCGAACCCGGCACCGACUCUGAGGUCCAUGCAACGUUCCGAAUCUACACUCUAGAUUCGAAGGGCCGGCGGUCCAUAGUAAAUAGCCCUAAAUUGGGAAGCUACGUGAUGAUCGAACCGUUUGAUCUUCCGGGAAUGGUGGUCACCAACAGCCUCGCAAUCUCGAGGACGAAAGGCCCGGACACGGUGUUUCAUUUGGUUCAAGGAUUGGAUGGGAACCCCAAUUCGGUUUCGCUGGAGCUAGGGAGCAAGCCGGGGUGCUUCGUGCACGGCGGAGCGGGUUCUUCCAACGGGACGAAGGUUCAAGUUCAAUGCCGAGGAAGUUUGAAAGACGGUGCGGAAUUCAGUAGAGCGGCGAGUUUUGUUAUUGUCGAUGGGCUGAGAUCAUACCAUCCGAUUAGCUUUGCGGCGAAGGGUGCGAAGCGGAAUUUCUUGCUGCAGCCACUGAUGAGCCUGAGGGAUGAGAGUUAUACAGUCUACUUCAAUCUGGGUGCUUGAGGAAAGUGUGGAGAGAGAUGUUAGGAUCUAAGAAUAAGUCGCUGACGGCGAUUUUUUUUUUUUUUUUUCUUUUGAAUUUGCUUGGUGUACAUAAUCGAAAUCUCACGAUUUCGCUUUAGUUUAGUGCUUUCGUUAGCUGUAUUUAAGUCCGUUUUUAGGUGGCUUAUUUCUCCUCAUUUUGUGCAGAAUAAGAACUUCGAUUCGAAGCAUGAUAAGCUCAUGUAUUGAAUGAAAUAAACAUGCGAUUUCUUUCGAGAAAGUGUUGUAAAAAGUAUUGCUUUGA